GUCGCCUUGUCAACCCGAACCCCCCAGGCGUGCCCUAAGCCUGGACUCUCACGAUCCCAUCCCAUCAUGAACUAUUGUCCCCAAAGACCACCAAACCGCAGCCCCAGCGCGCUCAAACUCACCGUCACGCCUCAUUUCACCGCCGACGCAGCCGACCGACUAUCCGUCCACCUCACCCUCCAAAACCCUCAGUGCGCGGCCCACCACCCGCUCUUCCUCUUCGAGACCUCCUACGGCAACGUCCCGGCCCACCCAUACACCGAGCGCGACAUCACCGCAUCCGACGCAGCGGGCCAGCUAUUUCUGUUCUUCCACGACCCGACCGACCCGACCAAUACAGACCAGGAAUGGCGCGUCGACCGCGACACAGUCGGCGACGUCCAGCUGCGAUUCCGCGUGACCCCGCGGGCCGUAGACCUCACGACGCCGAUCGGCCCGCGGGUCGACCUGCGCCGCGACCAGGGGGGGUUGAUCGGCAACGGGCGCUGGUUCCUGCCCCGCCCGGCGGACGAGCGCGUCUACCGGCAUGUUGUGGCGUGGGACCUCUCGCACGCGCCCCCGCGGACCCGCGCCGUGUGGUCAUUCGGGGAGGGACCCGACCCGGUGGUGAGGGCUGGACCGCCGACGGUGCUCAUCGAUUCGGUGUAUAUGGUUGGACCGAUCAAAAGUUAUCCAUGUAACGGGAACAUCGUUGCUGCGGCUCCGCGCGCGCAAGUGUUCUGGUUCGGCCAGCUGCCGGAGAAUCUGCAGCGGCUGCAUUCGUACAGCAUCCUGCUGUAUCCCAAACUGGCGGCGUUCUUCCGGAACCCCGAUGCGGUUUCGUAUCACAUCUUCAUCCGACGAGUGCUUCGCGGGUUUGGCGGCCAUGGCUGUCAGGAGAGUUAUGUGCUGGAGUACGAUGCGUCCAGCGAGGAGGAGACGGAGGAGGAUCUGGUGGCGCUGUUCUCGCACGAGAUGGUUCACAGCUUUGUCAUGAUGGGGCCGGAGGCGGAUGGGUACGGGAAUGGGUGGUUUAUUGAAGGGCUCGCACAGUUCUACUCCGCCUACCUGCCCUAUCGAUUCGGUCUCCGCGGGGCGGAGUAUCUGCGCCACCGCAUCAAUGCAUACCUAGGCGCCUACGGAACCAGCCCGCGCAUCGGCAUGGAUGCGCGCGACUCGCAGACGGAAUUCUACGACGACUGGUAUGCAGAGCUGAUCCCGUAUAUGCGGGGCUGCGCCUACCUGCUGCAGGUGGACAGCCGUCUGCGGAAGAUGACGGGACGGUUCGGGCUGGACGCGGACAGCCCGCUGGAUGAGGUUGUGAUUGACAUGGCUAGACGUUGGCGUAGCGGAGAGCGACUUCAGGCGAGCGACUGGCUGGACUAUUUGCGACCAUUUCUGGGUGCGGGGGUCGCACACGAGUUGCAGGAUAUGCUGCGCGGUAGGGUUCUCAACUUGGGCGGCACCAUUGUGAUCCACGAGGAAUGGGGGCUCAGCCCUAGCGAGCAAGAGAUAUUGGAGUUUGGAUUCAGUUUAGCGAGUGUCAAUCAGCGUGUGAUCUGCGGGGUUGUGCCGGGAUCGAGGGCUGCCAACGCUGGCCUGGAGGACGGGUUGCCGCUGGUAUCGACGUCUCGGGCGGGUCGUUGUUCCACGUCUCUGUCGGCCACGAUGGAUGUGGUGGUUGUGCAAGGCGGCGACAGGGUGCAGAUCUUAUACUGGCCACGGUCGUUCGACAAGGCGAGGGUCUGGCAAUUGGAGUAAUCGUGAGCUGACCUUGGGCCUAGGUAGUCGAGAAUUAUCGGUCAUUAUUCGCUUCUUCAAUCCUGAGCUGGGCUCCGUAAUUGCCAUGGAGUGCAAUGCUGAAGGGUUAUGGAUGGUAGAACAUUACUGGAUCUAGAUGAUUUUACAUCAGGUAUACAUGACAUUUAUCCUGUGCAAGGGCAGGUCGGCAAGCUCGACUCGCGGGGUGGGUGGACGGUAGUGACGAGGUAUAAACCAACCCCCCUGCAGUUCAAAGCUACAAGGGUCCUGUCUUCACUAAUGAAGUACUUAGCAAAUAUCCGCUUCGC